UUAAAGAAAAAAAAAAUGGAAGCACAAUUGCAGCGCCCUCCUACACAUGGCCAUCAUCUUUACGAAGAUGAUCCUCGCGAUCAAGGUGGUUUGCACUCUGAUGUGAUGGAGGGAGGAAGUCAUCAUGAAGCAGCAGAGAAGAAAUCGGUGCUAAAGAAAGUGAAAGAGAAAGCAAAGAAAAUAAAGGACACAAUCAAGAAACACAGCCACGGUCACGAGCAUGAAGAAGGCCACGAGUACCGACACGACCAGAUUUCCGAGGAAGAAGAUGACGAUGACGACGAUGAAGAAGAAGAAAUAUUAAUGGUUGCCCCUCAACCCCACGGCACACCAGUGGUGUAUGAAUCCCCUGUUAUCCCGGGCACAAAACUGCCAAUCCAAACCGAUUUAAAUCUGGAAAAACCAGCCGGUGGUACACGGGAGGAUUAUUUCAUCAACCCUAAAGUAAAGAACGAAGUUCAUCACUACGCAAGAGAUGAAGCAGGAGCACCAGCUAUGCCUUUUCCCGACCCGGCCCGUGAGCCCGGAAAGGAACUUCAUCAGAUUAUCAGCCUGGAUGUAGUCGACAAGAAAGAAACCAACGUGGCAGAACCGGCGGUUAUGAUCGGUUCGCUGAUGGGCUUAGAGGAAGAUCCGCAUUCUCCGAAGAAUAUUCGUAUUCCUUCUUCAAAUUAUCAGUCCAAAGUCGCCGAUCCUAAUACCGGCCGAGGUGGCAAAGAAGCUGACGUGGCGCCGCUUCUUCAACGCCUGGAUAAUAUCCACAUCCAUGAUCAGUCGAAACCUGCAGCAGCAUCAGAGCAGAGUUCUUGUACCGAAAACCCCGAAUUGCCACGUGGCACGAUUGGUGAGAAAAUAUCUUCGGCUACGUCUGUGAUAGCUGAUAAAGCUGUGUCGGCGAAGAAUGUGGUUGCUUCGAAGCUUGGCUACGGCGGCGAAGCGAAGGAAGGCGGGGUGGAUUCGUCCAAGAAACCUGUUUCGGAACUAGCGACGGAGUAUGGGCACAAAGUUGCGGAGACGCUGGCUCCGGUGUACGAGAGGGUGGCUGGCGCCGGAAGUGCAGUACUGUCGAAAGUCCAGGGAGGUGGAGAUACGGUGGUGCAAGGGGCGGCGGCUGAUAAAGGUGUUUCUAUGAAGCAGUACUUGGCUGAGAAAUUCAAGCCUGGGGAGGAAGAUAAAGCGUUGUCGGAGGCGAUUGCGGAUGCCUUUCAUAAGAGAGAGGAGGUUGUUAUGAAGACGGAAGAAGACCGGCCGAUAGGGGUGGCGGUGAUCCCGGAGGAGGCGGUGGUGGAAAGGGUGAUCAGUACUGACAGGAAGGAAGUGGUGCCGCCUGCAGGUAGUGAUCAGACUGGAGUUGUGAACAGGCUGAAAGGCACAGUCAAAAUGUGGAUCGGCGGCAAGAGUGCGGCGGACGCUGGUGGUGGGUGUAGGGUUUCUACUCGAAGAAAGCUUACAAAUAAGAACUCAAAAUAG